AUGGCGUGGAUGCGCGCGCUGCGAGGCGUGCGGGGUGUCGCGACGCAGGCGGUGCGGCCCGAGACGAGUCGAGCACAGCGCUUUGCUGUGUAUGGAGCGGCGUUUGUAGCGGGGAUCGGCGUGGGGUGCUGGGUGACACGCCCACGCACCGCACUGCCAGGCCCCGAAGACUAUGCCGAAUUUUCGGUGCUGGGCUCGGCGCUCUUGCCGCGCGACGGCUCAGCGGCGUUUGACGUACGCGAGCCGGCGGUGCACCGCCUUGUGCAGGUGAAGGCUCAAGGCGACCUCCCUACGCCGCCGUCUGACACACUGCGCAGCCGCCUGGCGAUCUACUCGUACUAUGUAAAAGAGCCGUCGCUGCAGGUCGAGCGCGCGUAUACGCCCCUCGCGAUGCUCAUGCGGGGCGAGGCGUCUGCCCUUACAUUCCUCGUGAAGCGGUAUACGGACGGCGAAAUGUCGCGCUACCUCCAUCGCCUGCGCCCGGGCGGAAGCGUCUCGCUGCGUGGGCCGGUGCCGACAUGGACGCUGGGCGACGCGCCGAUGCCCAAAGAGAUUGUCAUGCUUGUCGGAGGCACUGGUGUGAGCACUGCACUGCAGCUACUCUCGAAUGUGUACUCGCAUCCGUCGCCGGAUGCGCCCAAAAUCAAGGUGCUGUACGCCGCCCAGUCGCUCGACUCGCUCGAGAUGGUGCCGGACCUUGCGUCGUUUGCACACGCGCAUCCCCAGCAGGUGUCGCUUGGCGUGUGGGUCGAGCGCCUCGGCGGCCAGCGCGGCAUGCUUGGCGGCGUCGAGCCGACGCCGGCCACCGUGCGCCCCCUGGCGCAAAAGACGGGUUGGUUUGCCAAGCCCGCCGCGCCGAAGCGGUACCUGCUCUCGGUCGGCGAGCGCGAUAUUCCCUUGUCGCACGGCCGCCUGGCUCCGGCGGACCUUGUCGACGCCUCGUGCUCGUGUGUGGCCCCGAUGGCUUUGUACGUGCGGUAG